AGUGGCAAACCAAAAGAUUUAGUCAUGUCCACCGUUAUAGAGGUAGAAAAGACCAAGACAGAGGUUAAUAGUGACGCCAAACCUAAUUUCGGAGUAACUGGUCGUAAGAUCGUAUACGAUAAGGAUGGUAAACCAUGUCGUACAUGUAACACGCUUCAGGAUUUCCAAUUUGCUACAGCUGGUGCAAAGAAACAAGUAAAGACACCAGUAGUAUCCGGAAUGAAUCCAGAACAACCAGUUAACACGAAGAUUGGUUCAUAUGCUAAGGAAGAUCCACCCGAUGUCACCGUUCUUGGAAGAUCAUCAUGGACACUUCUUCAUUCAAUCGCCGCAACAUACCCGGAAGAACCUACAAACAAGCAACAAAAAGAUAUGAAACAAUUCAUAAAUUUGUUUGCUGGGUUCUACCCAUGUUGGUUUUGUGCUGACGAUUUCCAAAAAUACAUCACCACCAAUGAACCAAAAGUUGAAACUCAAGAUAGUUUAGGCAGAUGGUUAUGUGAUGCUCAUAAUGACGUCAAUAAAAAAUUAGGUAAACCAAAAUUCAAUUGCGAUUUAUGGAAACAGAGAUGGAAAGAUGGAUGGGAUGAACAGUAAACGUUUAGAAGUAUUAUUUCAUGUAAAUAGAACAGAUAGCAAUAUAUAGAAUAAAACUUUUUCU